CAGCCAUUAUUUUCACGUGUACAUAUAAUCUGUGACCAAUCGUUGAAACGAAAUUCAAUUCUCAUCAUGUGACCAGUCAUCAGACAACCAAUAGAAUACCAGUGAAUUUCAGCCAAUAAAAUUUCAGAUUAAAUUUCAUUUCUAUUGGAAAAUAUGUUAGCGAUGUGAUUGACUGGACUACCUGAAGCUAUAUAAACAAGAUAAAUCAAGCCUAACUCAUGGAUAUUUCUCCGACCUUAUACUCCGUUGCUAAAUUAUCCUGGAACUUCUGGCUGGUAUGUCAGGACAGCAGAAGCAUCAAAUAGUUAGCAUUCCCGUCAAUCGUGAACCAAGAUCAUUCGAAAAACAAAGACGUGAUCUGUUAACAGGCUUAGAACGUGGAGGUAGUGGGAGUAGUCAUUCUGGGAAUUCUAUCACGCCAUAUCAUGAUGACUGGACCGGUACAGUAGACCAUUGGGUCAACUCAGCAUGGAGAAGAUGGGAUGAAGAUAUGCGUCGAUUGAGGAGAGGGAUGUUUGCAUUAUUGCCAGUGGAUCAUUUUCCUCUAUCAACUCAUGAUCCAUUCGCUUUAAUGCAUCAAAUGGAGCAUCAUAUCCAGGAUAUUCGAGACAGAAUGGGUACACUGGAUGUUCCGUCUACUGCUUCAGCUAGCGAUUUCUUGAAGGAUGCCUAUGAAGUUGGUGAAGAUGGGAAGGUACAUUUUAAGGUGAGAUUUGAUGCAAAGGGCUUCGAUCCAGAAGACAUCAAUGUAACAUCGAGUGACAAUCGUCUGACAGUGCAUGCAAAGAAGGAGACGGUGAAAGAUGGUGGAAAGAGCAUUCGUGAGUUCUGUCGUAUGGUUGAGCUUCCACGAAGCAUUGACAACAAUCAUUUGAAAUGUCGUCUCACAGAUGAUGGUGUUCUGAUGUUGGAAGCACCUGUGAAGGUUCCUGAAUAUCAGUCACUAACACUGAAUGAGUCUGGUCAGGUGGGUGUUCGCCCGAAGUCAGAUAGUCAGCUGCAAGCAGUUCCUUCUUCGAAGGCUCUUGUCGUGAAAGGUACUCAUGGCCCAACGGUUUUGGAUGAUGGAUCUGGUGGAAAGCUCCUGCACGUAGAAGUUCCAGUGGAUCCUGUCUACAAGCCUGAGGAUUUAUGUGUGAAUGUGGAUUCGGGUCGUGUUGUGGUAAGUGGACGCCAUCAUAAGGAGAAGCAUAGUGCUCGUGGAGGGGCGAGUUCAUUGCUGAGUUCAGCCAGUCAUAUGCAAUUCCUGAGACGGUGGAUCCACUAUCUGUGACUUCUCAGUUAGUUGGGAACACAUUGGUUUUGGAAGCUCCAUUGAUGAAACACAAUGCAAUCACUCAUUAAAAGAAGAGUAUGAAUUGGUUUAAAACGACUCUAAUGUGAUUCACUCACUCUUGUGUGUAUUAAUGUAACUCCAAUACAUAUUCCUCACUAACCAAUCUGACUUUUCUCUGUUGUUGUGAUUGACGAAUUUACUUAACGGAACACUUGCAUUUCAAUAGAGUUGGUAGUGUAGUGUGUUGUAUCAAUUGUAUGUGGAUUGAUGAUAUUAAAUUCCUACGCUGAACUCGAUAGAUGAAGUGAUUUCGAACAGUUUCGAAGUUGAGGGCUUUCACUGACAGUUAGCCACAAUUCCGUUCUUGUUUGUUGUUGACGUUCAUGUGAUGGCUGUU